AUGGCAGAUGAGUCUAACGUGGAGCCAGACGCGGCAGCUAUGGCCGCUGCACCAAAAAAUCAUGCUCGAGCAGCUACUGUAGUUGUCAUAGCCACGCAACCAACGUGCACUUGUCCGCAUCCUCACGAAUCGAAACCAGCUGUUGUAUUCGAAACAAGGCCUGCUCCCUGUCCAUGCUGCGCUUCCGGAGCCGUUUCAGCUUCAGCCAAAGCAUCAGCCCCACCUCCGCCUCCACCUCCGCCGCCACCUCCACCAGCUCCAAAAGCUCCUCCUAAGGUUGGUGUGAGCUGUAUCUAUUUUCGGAAAGAGUGAAU